AUGUAGUAUUUAUAUGGAGUAUGAUAUGAAUAGAGCAGUAAUGUGUGUAGUUGGCAGUGAUAAUGAUCGGUUGUAUUAGCAUGAUCACUAUAACUAGCUGCUAUAUCAUAGGAGGAUCCAUCAUCCAUGAAAAUGUGACUAGGAUAGCAACUGGGUGAUGUGCAUACUUCAUCUUAUUCCACGGAGCGAGGGUAUAUACCUCUAGUUGAUGUUUCACCAAGUUCUAACUUCUAAGGCGACUGCGACUGCGACUAGGUCAUGUGCAAUAAAAGCAGCAGUGCCGGCUUACUCUGGAGUUUGGACAUAGUUAGGUUGUUUACCCGAUUCUACUCAAGUGGAGUUCGUUUGAAUUUAUGAAAACCCAAUAAUUAACAACCAAAAUGAACCAUAUCAGUAUUGGUUACUACAAGUGCAUUGUUUGAGUUGAUCAAACAUGCUUAUAGGCAGAGAUGUUCAUAACACUAUUUCUUGGUUUAUUCUUAUCGACUUCACCAAGGCAUCAGAUCGACUGCUUAUUCAGACUUGAUGAUUUUAGUUUCCAAGCUGGAGAAGGAGUCUGGAAAUAUAGUCCAAAUUAUUUGGGAGGUACAGGAAAUCAUGAAGUUGGCCGCAACAUUCAAUGUUUGCACUAUUCUAAAGAGCAACGCGUUCCAAGCUGGAGAAGGAGUCUGGAAAUAUAGUCCAAAUUAUUUGGGAGGUAUAGGAAAUCUUGAAGUUGGCCGCAACAUUCAAUGUUUACACUAUUCUAAAGAGCAACGCGCGGAUGGUGCAGGGGCUUGCACGUAGAUCUACGUGCACCUGCACCAAAACGCAAAAACAUUAAAAGAAAAGGCAAAAACCAAAAAAACAAAAAAGAACAUAAGAAACUAAACAGAAAGAACAUAAUAGAGUAAACGAAAAGAACAUUAACUACAACCUGAAAAGAACACUAAUGUUAAAAAACUAAAGAAAAUAUACAAAAAUGAAAAUAACAUAUUCUCUCUCCUGGUAAACUAUAAAAAGAACAACUAUUUUUCAAAAAGAAUAUCGUGUGAGAAAGUGCAACAGAAAAACAAAAAAAAAUAAAAAAAUAAUCGAUGAUAUUAUUUAAUAUUAAAAACUGUAAAAAAGUUAAAAAGAACAUAAAAUAAUUAAAAAAAAGAACAACAAAUUUUUUACAAAACACAUAACAAAAUCAAAAGAAAAAUAAAAUAACAAAAACUCAAAAUAAAUAAAAAACGACAACAAAAAAAAGAAAGAAGAACAAAACACGUGAAAAAGAACAACAUUUUCUUUUUCCUUAUCAAACAAAAGAACAGAAAGAAAGGGAUGAAAACAACAACAAAUCUAUGUUCUUUUAGUAGUUGUAUUUGUUCUUUUCAAACCACUUAGUGUUCUAAUUAAAAAGACGAAAACCACGACGAUAUUUUGAUGCACUUAAAACUAGAUCUAUAUUUUUAUUUAAAUGUAUUUUUGUUCUUAUCGCACGCAUCAGAUCUAUGUUCUUUUAUUAAGUGUUAUUUGUUCUAUAUAAACGAUUUUAUGUUCUAAUUAAAAAGACGAAACGACGAUUUAUUGAUGCACUUAAAACUAAAUCUAUAUUUUUUUUAAAGUAUUUUUGUUCUUUACCACGAAUCAGACUAUGUUCUUUUUAAAGUGUUAUUUGUUCUUUUCAAACCAUUAUAUGUUCUUUUUUACAAUCUAUGUACGUUGAUAUAAAAGAACAAACUAUGUUGAUUUAAACGAACAAACUAUGUUGAUGACACAGUAAAAGUAAAGUUGUGAAAAAAAACAUAACAAUUUGAAAAGAACAUUAGAGGAAAGAACAAGGAAAUGUACCUUAAACACUUGAUCAACAUUUAUCAAGAGCAUCAAUAUCUUUUAAUAAAUCUUCAAAAACUGAUCUCAAUCCUCGAAAAAAAUCACGUUCUCCAGAGAUUCUCUUGCUUCGAAAACUAGCCAAAUUGAACUAGUGUUUUUCUUAAUUCACUCAUUUUCAACAAACGAGAAACAUCAGAAGGAAUUUUAGAGAGAGAAUGGAGAAAAUAUAAUUUUUUACUCUUUCAUUCACCAUCUCACUCUUUCUCUCCCAAAACAUCUCUCUUAUGUUGAGAGAAUUUAAAUCCUCUCCUCUUUCUCUCUCUAAAAUGUAUUUCUAAAAUGACUAAUGGUUAUGACUCAUAAGUACAAGUAUUAUAUAUAUAGUUGCUGAAAAAUAGAAAAUGAAUCAAUAGGAAGUAGAAUCAAAGAAUUGAAGAACAGAGAAGGAGAAAGGAAAAAUUGUUAAAGAGUGCAUAAUGAGAACCGUGCACGUGUUUUUAUUUUGUUCUUUAACAGAGUAUUAUAAGAAGAACAAAUAUAGAGACUAAAAGAACAAGUCAAGUACUUUGUCCCAUAAUAACAUAUGAUUCGGAAUCAUCAUUUUAAUUAUUCUGUUAUGAAUUAUCAUGCACAUUAUUCAUAAUAUCUGAAAAAAAUAGGUUAACAUGUAUAAAAACAAGAAAAAGAACACAAUCAAAAGAACAAAGGAUAAAUAAAAAGUAACAAGAAAAAUAACACAAUAAAAUAAAAAGAACAAGUUAUGAAACGCAAAUGAAAUUGAAAAUAAUAAAAAAAGAAGAACACAAUAAAAUAAAAGAAAAAAUUAUGAAACACAAAUGGUCUAUUUUUCUACUAUAAUGAAACUUUUCUUUUAAUACGAGCAUAAUGAAACUGUUCUUUUAAUAUGAGCAUAUGUUCUUUUAAUACGUAAAACUGUUCUUUUAUGGAAAAAAAAUCGUAAUUACAUAAUCAAAAUCUUCAAAAUCAACGAUUUCAACGAAAUCAACGUUUUAUUACAUAAUUUGAUUCAUUACAAUCAUCAAAUUCAUCAAAACACGAUUAUUAAAAAAUUAAAAUCAUCAAAAUAGUCAAUAUCAUCAAAAACACAAUUAUUACAAAAUCAAAAUCAUCAAAACAUACCAUUUAUUAUUACAAAAUUGAAAAAUUACCUCCCAAAAUCUGAUUAUCAGCUGCAGAAUUCAGAUUUGAAGAAAAGAAGAAUCAAUUUAAUUUGAUGUUGAAGCAGAAAAAUCAACGAAUUUUCGGAGAUUUUCAUUACUUUCUCUCUCUAAAACCCAUUUAAUAAAACCCAGUUCACACUUUCUCUCUCCUCUUCACAGUUUGAAUUCAAAACAUAAAACUUAUAAGAAUAUAUAUCGCAAGAAUAACAACAAAUCAAAUUAAAACGCGAUAAACAUAGCUGAAAAGAACAGACCCUUUAAUAUUCUUUUGUUCAGGGGAAUUGUUCUUUUGUUCAAGGGCAUUGUUCUUUUUUAUGAGAAUUUAACGAAAAUGCGCGUUUUGUGUUUAAUGUUGGUCGUUUUGAUUCCGGUGCACCUAGAGCUACGUGCACACGCCUGCACCAUCAAAAUAAUUGAUGUUAUUCUGCAGACCUAGACUGCUAGAGAUCAUGCAUAAAAGUAAUAAAGUCAUCCUCAAUUCAGAUCCAUACAAGGUAACAGGUGAAACGAGCACAUGAAAUUAUUUGACCAACAUGACUCCAAUUACAAGCAAGGCUAAAUGUAAUGCAAAAACGGGAGAUAGAAAAUGUAAUUACCGAUCGAUAUCUAUCGCGAAGUAGCGUUUGGAUUGAAGAUUCGACGGCGGCGGAAGGAAACAACUCUAGGUUCCCCAAUUAAAUAUCCGAAAUUAGGGUUUAUGUUCUUCCCCAAUUCAAUACCUGAAAUAUUCUUCCCAAAUUAAAUCUCUGAAACUAGAGUUUAUGUGAAUGAAUUAGUUUUCCCCAAUUCAAUCUCGCGGAACUUGAAGAAUCAGUGAACAAUAACAAUGGAGGGAGAUUGAAAAUCAGAAGAAAACGAGGGAGAUGAAAAACAAGGGAGGGAAAAUCAGAUUUAAUGAUUUAUUCCUAUUGUAUUCUUGAUGAGAUACGUAUUCCAUACGUAUUCCAUUUUCCAUCUAAGCAAAGCCAACUCACUAUUUCAGUUGCUCAGCCAUCAUCCAUUACCAAGUAAGAAAUUAAUUUUAUUAUAUUUUUGGCUAUAUUGGCUACUGUAGCCCAAUAUGCUAUAUGGACUAAUACUUCCUCCUAAAAAGCUCCCAUGUAGCCUCUAAAAUUAGAAACUCAAGCCCAAACCUCUUUUCCAAUCCGCUAGUUACCAAACACAACAACUUCAACCCUAUAAUCUGAACCUCUCUUCACCAACCAGGCAACCGGGGUUGUUUGAAUUUUUAUCCUAUCAUUUCCUUUUAUGAACUUUUGAACUCAUGACUUUUCAGGACUUCAUGGUCUUGGAUGUGGAUUUGUUUCACAACAACAGAAACUGGGCAAGAAGAUGGUGUUGAUUUGGUAACCAUUAUAAAGGCAACAAGUCUUUAUCGCCGUGGUAAACUCCACGACUAUGUUUCUGACUAUAUGCUUCCCACAGACGCUGAAUUCAACAAAACAUCUGAUUCAUUCAGGUGGCUUAACAUUGCUACUGGACCGGUAAUGCUCUCUACUUUGGAGAAUGGUAAAAUAGUGCAAGGUCUUGAAGGAAUUCCUAGUGAAGGCCCUGUUAUAUUUGUUGGCUAUCAUAUGUUACUAGGUUUGGAGAUUUAUCCCCUAGUAGUUAAGUUUAUGUUAGAGAGAAAUAUCCUCCAGAGAGGGCUUGCACAUCCUAUGUUAUUUGCAAACGAUGAAAUGGAUCUAUCUAUGUUUGAUUCAUAUAGGAUCAUGGGUGCAGUUCCCGUCACAGCCAGUAACUUCUAUAAGUUACUUUCUUCAGGUUCACACAUUCUAUUGUAUCCAGGAGGGAUGCGUGAAGCUCUUCAUAAAAAAGGUUCAGCAUCUCAGUUGUUUUGGCCCGAAAGUUCCAAGUUUGUGAGAAUGGCUGCUAGAUUUGGUGCAAAAAUUAUACCUUUUGGUGUUGUUGGAGAAGAUGACAUAUGCGAGCCUCUUCUUGACUCUGAUGAUCAGAUGAAGAUUCCUUACCUCAAGGAAAGCAUAGAGAGAGGGACUAGUCAAAUUCAAUUAAGGACUGACUUGAAAGGGGAAGUUGCGUAUUUUCCAGGACUUUUACCAAAACUUCCUGGUCGUUUCUAUUACCUGUAUGGUAAACCAAUUGACACAGCAGGAAUGAAGCAGGAGUUGAGAGACAGAGAGAAAGCUCAUCAAGUUUAUUUUCAAGUGAAGUCAGAGGUUCAGAGGUCAGAGGUUCAGAGUUCAAUUUCAUUUUUAAAGGAGAAAAGGGAAAAGGAUCCAUACCGGAGUCUUGCUGCUCGAACAUUAUAUCAAGCCACGCAUGGUUCUGAAGCUGAUGUUCCCACGUUUGACCUAUAGUUAUUAUUUACAUACAAUAUGGGAGUUUACCCAAUUACAGAAAUUCAUCCGGUAUUCAUUACAGAAUUGUGUAUAUUCGUUGUUGACAAUACAGAUAAUGGUAGACCUCUCAUAUAUAUUCAUUCACAUAUUAUACCA